GUUUUAUACCAGAAAAUAGAUUCCCCAUGCUAGAACAGCAUUCUAGUUGGGGUUGUUCUUUCAGCUGUGCCAUAAUGUCGAGUUCAUUGCUUUUGUUAAGAUAAAAGUGGCUGAGAUGGUAGCUUACGGCUGACCCUUAGUACCUAGGUACAGAUGGAUACAAACAAGGAUUUUGUCUGGCAAUUAUAUCAACUUACCCACUGCCUCAACUUAAUUUUCCCACCUCACUGCUGCCCACCUCGCUACCCAUCUCAUUGCAACACAAUAGUACUUACUUGGCUGACCAAGUGGAAGGGUGGAGAGGAGUACUGGAAGGGGGGAGGAUACAAAGAAAUAUUUCAGCCACAAUUGAGUUUUCACACUAGUAUCAUUUUGUUUGCUUUCACUCACUUAGGCUCUCUCUUACUUGUUCACUUACCAAGUCUGUGGCACUGGGGUGAGGAGUACUGAAGUAAAGAGCAUUGAUCAUGAGGAUCUUCUUCGAAGAGAGAUGAUGACUUGGGGAGUCAGAUUGUAUUUAAAGUAAGAGAGCAUAGCGAGCGGUCCCAA